UGGACCGUUUCGACUAUGAUGACGAGCCUGAGGUGGCCAACGAAUCGAAGAAGGACGAGACCUCAACAGCCCCGCCCCCUUUGUAAGGCCGUGAACUGUGUGUGUGAGUGUUAACUUUGUGUGUGUGAACUGUGUGUGUGAGUGUUAACUCUGUGUGUGUGUGUGUGAGUGUGUUUCAUUCUGACAGUACCCAGCAUCCUCCAGGUUUCCCCCAGCACUUUCAUCAGCACAUGAUGGGCAUGACUCAAGACCCCACCCACCAGGCCUACGCAGGAAUGGUGCCUCCUCUUGGGCAUGCCCACCCAGGCCAGCCCCUCCGUGGUACGGGGCCUCCAGGCUUCCCUGUGGGAUACCCUCCACACAACAAAGCCUUCAGCCAAAACAUGGCACAGCAACAACAGGAUGGAAGACACCGACCAGACGGCAAGAGGUCACGCUCAGGAUCCAGGUCUCCUAAGAAGAGGCGGUCCAACUCUAAAACACGGCGGUCCCGACACAGACUCUCACGGUCACGAGACCGCCGCCGACACUCCCCACGAUGCCGCUCCAAUGAACAAAGAGCGAGGGAGAAAGAGAGAGGGACAGACAGCUGGAAGGACUGCCAGAGCCCAAAGCUGACACACUGAGCGGUGAGACAGACAGACAGCUGGAAGGACUGCCACAGCCCAAAGCUGACACGCUCCGGGGAAUGCUGUCUCCUCUGGGGUAGAACCCCGAGCCCCUCCUCUGGGGUAGAACACAGAGCCCCUCCUCUGGGGUAGAACCCCGAGCCCCUCCUCUGGGGUAGAACACAGAGCCCCUCCUCUGGGGUAGAACCCCCGAGCCCCUCCUCUGGGGUAGAACACAGAGCCCCUCCUCUGGGGUAGAACCCAGAGCCCCUCCUCUGGGGUAGAACACAGAGCCCCUCGGUUCUAUCAGACCGUGAGGACGUCUGUCCGGUAUCAACCUUUAACUACCUCCCACCUCUCCCCCGUGCUUCCCUCCUGGCAGCUGUAUGGACCCUGUACGGCUGGUGAGCAAUCAGACCCUCGUUUACUCACCAGCUUCAAUCAGCCCCAAUUAGUCCUGGUCGGAGGACCCGUCGAGACCUGGCACGUCCAGCAGAGGGAGGCACCGCUGCGUGAUGUUGGCUCCGUCUGUCACCAGGCCUCGAUGAGUCUCCCCCUGGUGGCUUGUCCGCGGUACGCCACAUAGCCUACAAGCCAUUUUAAAAGUCUAAUGAA